CCAACAAUUUGCAGCCCUUCUACAGCCUAUUCUAGGAUGGAUUCUGCGAUCAAACAUGCUGUGGUGGUGAAAGUCGUGGGACGAACAGGUUCAAGAGGGCAGGUGACUCAAGUUAGAGUGAAGUUUUUGGACGAUCAGAACCGGUUUAUCAUGAGGAAUGUUAAGGGACCUGUGAGGGAAGGCGAUAUCCUCACUCUUCUUGAGUCCGAGAGAGAAGCCCGGAGGUUGCGGUGAUUGGUCAGAUCGACUGACUCCGUCAUGCUAUCAUUUUUGAGUUAUCGAGUUAAGACGGGCUAUAUUUAUGGGAUGGUUACUAAUUUUUUCACUUGUUAAAUUGACUUGAGUUUGCUAUAACUUAUUCCUUGCCUUUUUGUCCAAACGCUAUUAUCGCAUAGAAUGCUUUCUUGAA